AUGGUCUACGAUGGAAAAACAGAUGAACAAAAAGGAGAAUCACUCACUUCCUGCUCCCGCUCUGUGCCGCAGGGGGAUGAGUUAGUUAUAUGGACUUAUCAAUCGGCUCUCCAGUUGCACUCCGGUUUCCAGUUGGGUUUGGCCAACGGUAGCCACCAGCAGGUGCUCCUGAGCCCAGGUAGUGGUGAAGGACAAGGUCGGGAGCUGGGCUGUACUCUAUCCUGGCAUCUUCGUGUUGAAAUCUCCCAGGUUUCUCAUGGUUCUUCUUGUUUUCCAAGACUGGUUCCGGGGAUUGUGUCUAGCAGUGUCUCCCAAACACAAUGGAGCCAGCAUCUGAAGGGACAGAUGCAGGUUGCAGAAAACCGUCACUCUGAGAACGGUCUCACAGACAAUAUUGAGAGGAUAGUAGACAAUGAGAAGAUUAAUGCAGAAAGGUCAUCAAAACAGAAGGUGGAUCUCCAGUCUUUGCUAACUUGUGCCUACCUGGACCAGACACUUAUGUCUGUGCUAUUACAGGGACCUGCUGUGCUUGCAAAAGAAAGACCACCAAAUCCCAUUGAAUUUAUAGCAUCGUACCUUUUAAAAAACAAGGCACAGUUUGAAGAUUGA